UCCGGUCAGCGCUGGACUGUUGACUUUGCAUCAUGGCACUUCUCAGAGGUGUAUUUAUUGUAGCUGCCAAGCGCAUUCCAUUUGGUUCCUACGGUGGAGCACUGAAGGAGCACAGUGUAAUAGACUUGGCUGUGUAUGCAGCCAAAUCUGCCCUCGCUGCAGGGGGUGUGGCCCCAGAGCUUGUAAACAGUGUCAUCGUGGGAAAUGUCAUUCAGAGCUUAGCCGAGAUGCCUUACAUCGCUCGUCACGUGAGUCUGAGGUGCGGUGUACCAAUCCCAGUGCCUUCUUUCACUGUGAACAGACUGUGUGGCUCUGGUUUUCAGUCCAUCAUCAGUGGAGCUCAGGAGAUUUCCCUCAGGGAGUCAGAGGUGGUCCUGUGUGCAGGUUCAGAGAAUAUGAGCCAGGCUCCCUAUAGUCUUCGCAACAUGCGAUUUGGUGCAAAAUUUGGAGUUGAUCUAGAGCUAGAGGAUGCUGUGUGGGCUGCGCUGACUGACCUGCAUAUCAAAGCCCCAAUGGGCAUCACAGCAGAAAAUCUGGCAGAGAAAUACGAGAUCACCCGAGAAGACUGUGACAACUAUGCAUACCAGACUCAACAAAAGUGGAAGGCAGCUCAUGAGGGUGGUUACUACACAGCAGAAAUUGCUCCUAUUGAGGUGAAAACUAAGAAAGGCAAAGAGCUCAUGACUCAUGAUGAGCAUCCUCGGCCUGAAACCACACUGGAACAAAUGGCCAAACUACCUCCUGUCUUCAAAAAGGAAGGGACCGUUACUGCUGCUAACACCUCUGGUAUAUCUGAUGGUGCUGCUGCUUUGGUGAUUUCAAGUGAGGAUGCUCUGAAGGAACACAAGCUCACUCCCCUGGCCAGAAUCGUGGCCUAUCAUGUGACAGGUUGUGACCCAAGCAUCAUGGGAAUAGGUCCUGUCCUAGCAGUCACAGAAGCUCUUAAAAAAGCCGGUUUGACUCUCAGUGACAUGGAUCUGGUGGAGGUGAAUGAAGCUUUCGCCUCUCAGUAUUUGGCUGUUGCUAAGGCUCUAGGACUGGACCCGGAGAAAAGCAAUGUUAACGGUGGAGCUAUUGCCAUUGGUCAUCCUCUCGGGGCUUCUGGAGCACGCAUCACUACUCAUCUGGUGCAUGAGCUCAGGCGGCGAGGAGGCAAGUAUGCCAUCGGGUCUGCCUGUAUCGGCGGUGGUCAGGGCAUCGCCAUGAUCAUUGAAAAAUGCUGAGAGAAGAAACUGCCAGCAUCAGAAGGAUUCCCACAGAAGAAUGACCUCCAUGCAACUGCACCGUCCAAUCAAAUGUAAAAUAAAAUACAGCUGAUACAUGCUAAAAGGAAUGCAUUUCCACAUUUUCAUGAGAAAAUGUACGCUAAACAUUUCAGACUAGAGUUGCCUGGGAAGUCCAGUAAAUACUCAAUCUUUUCUUGUUUCCCAAAGGUGCCUAGAAUACAGUGCUUGGUCCUUGGUGAUGGUAAAAUGUGUAGCAUAUUAUAACAAUGCAGUUUGUACUGAGAGUGAGAUUUGAUGGAACUGGUAUUUGCCUUAAAUGUUCUCAGUCACUCUACUAUCAAGGUUUAAUGUUGUCAAAAACGUCCUUGUGGUGGCUCUGGCAUAAACUGAUUUUGUACUUCAAAGAAUCUGAAAUAAAAUGU